CUACAAUGAACAAGCGCACCAAGGAAGUGGAUGACGCGCUGAGGAAGAAGCUGGCCAAGCUGCGCUUCAAGCGUGUGGUGCGCGUCGCCUAUGCCAAUCAUCAGUGGGUGAAUGAGUCGGACGAUCAGAACAUCACCUUGAAUGUGAAGAAGAAUGUGGCGAUGCUGGUGCGCAAGAAGCACAAGACGGGCAUAUUGACAAUGGCGCAAAAAGGACUUUUGGCCACUUUACACUCCACUCGCUCUGUGGCGGAGCGCAAGAAACUUUGCACUAUUGUCGCUGCCCUAAGCUGUUUCACCCAGGUGCCCCCGAAAAUUCGAGCUCGUAUGGUGCCCUAUCUUCACUUUAUGAUCGUUAGUGCGGGUCGCAUCCUAAUGAAAGAGGGCGAUUGGCCCACCGGCGUUUAUUUUGUUGUGAGCGGCGAAGUCGAGAUGUCUAGAAAAGUAAUGAAUAAGGUAACACAAAAGGUGGAGCCGAAGCUUGAGGCAUUCUUUGGGCCAGGCGAUUGGAUUGGCGAGAUUGAGCUGCUCGAGGAUAGCCAGCGAAUGAAUACAUUUAAGGCUACAACUCAUUGCGAAAUUCUGACGUUGGACGAUUUCGAUUUCAAGGCUUUGCUCAUGCCCUAUGUUAAGAAAGUUUGGCUCGAGAAGAAGAGGGCGAUUGCCUCGCUAAGCUAUCUGAGAUACAUGAAUCCUUCACAGAUUGUGAGUGCCUGUAAGUUUGGUAUCCUAAGGCAAUAUGAUCCAUUGAGCACAAUCUAUCCGGAUAGUUCGGAUAAUAUACAGCAUGUGUAUUUUGUGCUAAGCGGCGAAUGCGUUCUAUUGCAAUGCUUGUAUAUGUUGGCAAGAUUUGAAAAUGGCGAAUGGCAAUAUGAACUGACGCCCGUGCUCGAGAACGAUUCCGAAAAUGAGAGAGAAGACGACAAGGCGGACGCGUUCGAUGUGCGGGAGCUGCUGCGCUCGAGCUCUUCACUGGACGAGGCCGGGAAAAACAAAAAGAAAGCGAAGCGCAAGGCGGAGUUUGCCAAGAUCGAGGCGCACUGCAAGCUGUUGAAAGAGCAGUCAAUGCUUGUCGAGGAGCGUCCGCCGAUGCGCCUGGGCCGCCAUUCGCACCAUCACAAAUCGAUGUUGAAUCAUCUGUGGGAUGACGAUUUUGAUUUUUCGACUUGCGAGGGCGAUGAGGAGUUGUGUUCGACGUACAGCAACUACUCGUUGAAACGGGACUCGAAUGUGACGGACGGCAUGCGGCGAUCGAGUCGCUUGAGCAAAACGAGCAAAACGAGCAGGCACAGCAAUCGAAGCAGGAAUAGCAAAGACAUGGCCGUAGAAGCGGUGGAAGAGGAGGAGUCGGAGAUGAACACAGCCUCAUUGUCGCGCUCCAGCACGCUGUCAGCUUACUCGUUCGAUUCUAAGAGGGAUAAGAGCGAAGACAACUAUGUUACCCAUUUCGUGGACAUCGGCUCAAUGACAUUUGGCGGACUCUUUGGGGUGGGCGAGAAAGGCGAUCAUCGCGUUGUGAUGGCCCGCACCACUGUCCAAUGCCUGCUCAUACCACGCUACUGGCUGAUGGAGGAGGACCAGAACCCGGGACACAUGUGGCAGCGCAUGCGCUUCUAUCUAGACCGCUGGAUACCGUCGAGGAAGACACUGUACGAGGACUUCAUCAAGACACGCAAAUGGGCCCAGUUCAAGGCCGACUGUGUCGAGGAGUUCACCCACUCGACCAUCAGCGACACUAAGGUGGAGGAUAUACCCAUCAUAAUUCGCAUAGUUGAACUAAAGGAGCCUAAGAUCAGUUCGACCACUCAUUAG